AUGCCUCUUGUUGACGACAAGCCAAUGGUUUACAAAAUGGAAGAUAUAGCACCCAUUGAAGCAGGCGUGGAAGGGGAAACGGUGAUCCACCAGGCAGAGGGCAGUGGACCGAGUCCCUUCAGGUCGUCGGAGCUGAACAGACCUCAGCUCUUGUGUCAGAAACCUGUAAUACUCCCUGUCCCUUCGAGCCACUGUGAUCGCACCAGCUUUGGCAUGGUCACCAGCAGCAGCUCAGAUGGUACUUCUAACGAUCAUGACUCCAUGCUUAAUGGAGGCUGUGCCUCUACCAAGCCUUCCACCUGUGUUGAGGCCGUCGAGCCUUCCACCUUCAUUGGGGCACCACAAAUCAUCUUGACAUCCCAGGGUACUGGCAACAUCACCCAGUCUCCUUUGACUGACUCGCCUCCUCGCUCCCCUCACAUCCUGCCCUCUCCCCCUGUCAUGCCGGAGAAAGGUGUCCCUUCGCUGCCUCCUCCUCCCAAAUCUCCAGAACCUGGCCUGCCUGACACCCUCCCCAAUGCACCUGUUUGCAAUACAGCAAGAGUGGCUCUGGCUGAUGACCUUGUCAAUGAUGUUGAGAGUGACAAGCUGACCACUCUCAAUGUUGCUCCUGAACUGGACCUUGGCAGGAAAUCUGCCUAUCAUGGCCCCAAAGGCAUCUGCACAAGGAAUGUCAUCACCACCAAGACUGAGGAGGCCAUACACAGCAUGUGUGCAGCCUGCAGAGAACUCAACUGCCGGUGUGUGGCUGCCUUCAAGAACUGGUUCUUCUGGCCCUUGGGAGCAAGCACUGGUCAACUCUUGUUGCCUCCUCCUGAUGGUAACAAUGCAGGGCAGUCUGAUGCAGCGCAGUCAGCUGCAGAUGCCAUGGUCAUGCCCAGAGACUUUACACCUGCAUCUGGCAGCCAUUGA